UUGUCGCAACGACCUAGAUAAUGUGUACCGUGUCACGUAAACUCAUUCACAGAGGGGAUACUGCAGCUUAACGACUAACUACAAUGGAUGGCACACAUGUAAUAGAACUUGAAUGGCCCAGUUAUGGAGAAAUGUACCUGCCCAAGCUUGUGUCAUUCUCAAAAGACGCGGAACAUGCACUGAAAUACAUCAGGGACAUGAAACUAGGAGAAGAUGCAAUUAUUCUGGCAACCUUUCCAAGAUCAGGAACUCACUGGGUAUGGGAGAUAAUGGGCAUGCUUCUGAGGGGAAAAGCCGAGUAUUCUACGGUGACUAGGGAACAGGUUUUCGUAGAGGGGUUAUCAGACAUGAGUCAGAUGCAGGGUUAUAAUGGUGUCAUGAGCACCCGUGUUCCUUUUCAAUGGCUCCCAAAACAACAUGUGGAUAAAGGCGGGAAAAUAGUAUACGUUGUACGUAACCCGAAAGAUGUUGCUGUGUCUUUGUUUAAAUUUCUUUCUUCUUGUGGAUUUUUACCUGGGAUGAGUUUUGAGAAUUUUUUGGACGAACUUUAUAUUGGACGAAAGGCGAUGUACGGGGGAUGGUUUGAGUAUAAUAAAAAGUUUAUCGAAGAAGCGACUGUUCGAAAAGAUCAAAUAUUGAUGAUACAAUACGAGAAACUACAAAGAAACACAGAAGCAGAGAUUCGGAGAUUGGCUGACUUUUUGGGAGUUAAAGAUGAAAACGGACUAGUCAAAGAGAUAACAGAGAAGUGCACCUUUCAAAAUCUUCAGCAAGCGGACAAAAGUGUCAGGGAGGAUCAAAAGAUGGCGGAAUUAAUGAAUGAACUCCAGGUGAAAGAAACUCCUACAGUCUACAGAAAAGGAAAGAUAGGAGACUGGAAGAAUCACUUCACUGUAGCAAUGAAUGAAACAUUGGACAAAGUAUAUGCAGAGAAAAUGAAUGGAGUCGAUUAUCAAGUAGAAUUUGAAUAGAACUGGUAGAAUUGAAAUGGAUAAUGGCCGUUUAUUAUAUUCAUAAAUUAACAUACAGACAGAGUUGUAAAAAAGCCAAUUCGCAUGGAUGUUCUUACAUUCCAGUUAUGCACGGAACGUACUUCUAUAGGUCUUUUAGUAUUUUAAAAAAAUAAUUUUGAUGUUCUAACCUUUAUUUUAGUACUAAUAUGAAAUAAAUGAUAUAUUAGGACAU